GCAGGCUGGACCCUUCUUCCAGGUGACAGCUGCCAACAUGGGGGCUCCGGCCCUCCUGUGGCCUCCCCUGCUGUUGCCAUUGCUUACCGUGCUGCUUGGCCAACCUCUGCGGACCUUGGCCCAGGACCAGCCCCAGGUCUGCGAUGUGAACCGGACCUUAUUUACAAUCGAGGAAAACACUAUUGUUUCUGAGCCACUGGUGAACAUUACUGUCCCAAAAGACCAGCAGGUGGCCUUGGGAUCGUCCACCCCUCCUUACGCCUUUAAGCUUGAGGGCAAUCAGCUGUUUCUCAAUGUGACUCCAGAUUAUGAGAAAGACUCAUUGCUGGUGGCAGUCCUGGAGUGUAAGAGAGGAGAUAGUCUGGUGACACAGCUCAGGGUGUCUGUGGCUGUCCUGGAUGUCAAUGACAAUGAGCCAAAAUUCCCCUUUACAAUCAAGAAAUAUGAUGUAUCAGAGGACACCAAAGUGAAUACAAUCAUCAUCCCUGAGACAGAGCUGAAGGCUACAGAUGCUGACAAAGAUGACAUCCUAGUCUACACUCUGCAGGAAGUGACCCCUAAUGCCAACAAAUUCUUCUCCCUGGUGAGCGUAACCUCCCCUGCUCUGAAGUUAGACCAGACCCUGGAUUUCUACAAGAAUCAGAACAUGACCUUCGAGCUGCUGGUCCGGGAUACUUGGGAGGCGAAUGCAAGUGUUAGCCACACGGCCAAUGCCACCCUGGUCUUGAACGUGCUGCCGGCUGACCUACGGACCCCCUGGUUCCUGCCAUGCUCCUAUACAGAUGGCUACUUCUGCAUCCAGGCCCAGUACCGUGCGAUUGUCCCCACGGGACACAAACUGCCAUCCCCCCUCAUCUUGAGUCCUGGUCCCAUCUAUGCUGUGGACGGAGAUCAAGCCAUUAACCAGCGUAUCGUCUACAGCAUUAUAUCAGGUGAGAAACACGGAUGACACAUUUAUCAUCAAUGAAAACGAUGGCAACCUCACGAUGGCCAAAGACAUCCCCAGCCCCAUGAUCUUCACCCUGCUGGUCAAGGCUGAACAGGCUGACAAGGCUCGAUACUCAGUGACCCAGGCCAUUGUGGAGGCUCGCAAUGCCUCUGGGAGCCCACUCCAGUUCUCUCUGAGCCUGUACUAUGGCACAGUGGUACUGGGUUCUGAGGCUGGCACAGCAGUGAAGGACAGGACCUUCCCUUCGGAGAUCCUGAGGAUUCAGGCUCAGUACCAAGGUUUCCCGGACCUCAACUCGGCUGUCACGUAUCGAGUCACCAACUCCUCAGAAUUCAUGAUGAAUGAGGAUAUCAUACUGACCACUGUGCCUAUGGAGGAAGCGAGAACCAUCCGUGUAGAGGUAGAAGCUAGCAAUUCUGUGACUAAGGACACAGCCACCGCUGCUGUUGAGAUCCAGGUGUCAGAGCGGGAGCCGCCCACCACAGAGUCCCCCACACCCCCAGAAGUUGGAGGAACAACUGGGCCUUCAAGUAACACCACUUUGGAAGCCCCCACGACCUCUGGGACCUCUCAAGGACCUGCCACAACCAACUCUGGGGGAAGUGCUGGCCCCUUCCCACCUGCAGGCACAACUCUAAGCCCACCCUCUUCUGCCUCAUCUGUACCUGGGGGCUCCUCCACUCUUGGAAUCAGCACCUCUCCCCAGACAUCCAUUCCUGGUGGGGCUUCAACACAGACCCCCAAACCAGGAACCUCCCAGCCAACAGCUCCUACUUCCACAAGUACCUCCCUCAUGCCAAGCACAUCCAGAACCAACCCAACACAGACCCCCAAACCAGGAACCUCCCAGCCAACAGCCCCUACUUCCAGAACUAGUACCUCCCUCAUGCCAAGCACAUCCAGAACCAACCCAACACAGACCCCCAAACCAGGAACCUCUCAGCCAAUGGUCCCCAUUCCAGGAGCCAGCACCUCUUCCCAGCCAGCCACACCUAGUGGCAGUUCAACACAGACCCCCAAGCCAGGACCCUCUCAGCCGACAGCUACUGGGCCCAUCUCAGGAGGAGGCGAGCUGGGUGACGGCCAGAGAUUUUCCACGGUGGACAUGGCAGUGUUGGGUGGGGUGCUAGGUGCACUGCUGUUGCUGGCCCUCAUCUGCUUGGUUAUCCUGGUCCAUAAGCACUACCGAAAUCGGCUCACUUGCUGCUCUGGGAAGGCUUCGGAGCCACAGCCAAAUAGCUAUGACAACCUGACCUUCCUCCCAGACAACAAGGCCAAGUGGUCGCCUGCCUCCAACCGGAAGCCAGAGCCGGGCCCUGAGCCUGCCCAGCCGCCCCUCCGGCCUCCUAGCCCCAUGUCCUCCAGUCCCACGCCCCCCAGCUCCACGCCUCCUAGCCCUCAGCCCAAAGCUUCCGGGUCUCCUAAGACAGUCCAGGCUGGGGACAGUCCUUCAGCCGUGAGGUCUAUCCUGACUAAGGAGCGGCGGCCGGAGGGGGAGGGCGGCUACAAGGCAGUGUGGUUCGGUAAGGACAUCGGGGCAGAGGCUGACGUGGUGGUCCUCAACGAGCCCACCGCCGACGUGGACAGCGCCAGUGCCUCGGGAAGCGAAGGCAGCGAUGAUGAUGACCCUAAGCAGAAGAAGAGUCUCCGCCUUGGCGCCGAUGCUGACCACACUUACAUCUAGCUCAGCACCCGGACUCUCCACCCCAAGCCACUCCCCUUUCCUCAGCUAAUUAAAGUAGCACUUUCGAA